AUGGAACCGGGCACCAGAAUAACUAGCCCUUCAGGGGUCGUGGUUAAGAAUAGGAGCUCUUCGGGUUGUUUGAUUGUUAGAAAAAAAGGAGAUGGUUUGGGUGGUGUUUCUUCUAGUUCGCGGAAACAGUAUGAAUCUAAGAAAGUGAGGAAAAGGGUCAAGGAAGAGUCAAGUGAUUCAGAAUCAAGCGAGGAGUUACUUAUGCCGCCUGCUAGAAGGCCUGGUCCUGAGACAAUUCGAGUAUGUAAUAGUUUGAGUGCUCUUGAGCGAGGUGGUAAUGUUGGGAGCGGUGAGAUUAGUAGGAAGAGGGAGAGAAUGGGGCAAUUUGAUGGUGAUGGGGUUGGCUUGGAGAGGAGGGACAAGAAAGUUAAGUUGGAAGUGUUUGAUUUUGAUGAAUAUGACGGAGUGGGUGCGGAAAGGAUGAGAAGGAGGCAACUUGAUGGUGAUGGGGUUAGUUUAGGCGGAGGAAGGUUUAUGGGAACAAUGCAUUCUGGUAGAGGUAGCAUUGAUAGGGAAUUUGAAAGUGGUUCAAGCAGACGCAUCGUGGACAAGAGAAAAAGUACCUAUCAUGACAGAGCAAGUGGAUCGUAUCUCGGAGAUAGUGUUGACCAUAGUAGGAUAAAGGUGAAAAGGGAAGGAACUCAGCAUCCUCUGCCGUUGUUGAAGGAGAAGUUUAACUCUGAUGAGUCCAUUAGGGUUCAGGGGAAAAAUGGUGUUUUGAAGGUGAUGGUCAAUAAGAAGAAGACGGGUGGAUCAGUAGAACACUAUGAACAUCGGAAACCAGUAGAAAGCAGACCUAGUGGAAGGGCUGAGGGCACUUCUAAGAGGAAUGUUCCGGUACAACCUUCAUUACGUUUAGAAACAAAAUCUGCCGAAAAACAGGGCUUACUUGUUAGGUCGGAGAAGAAACAGAUAACAAGAAAAUCACUUUCAAGCAAGGAGGACAGUAAGGGUGAUGAGCAGGAUUCCGAUAACAAUGACACAUCAAUGAAUAUGGAAGUAAAAAAUAUUAAAGCUCACACAUCUUCAAAAAAGAUUACUUCUGAAAAUGAACAGACUCCUGCACAUGACAAGAUCCCAACAACAAAAUCGAGUGAAGGGAAAAUCAGGCGAGGUAGUGGCACAGAAAAGCAGAAACUAAGAGAACAAAUACGGGAAAUGCUUCUGAAUAAAGGCUGGACCAUAGACUAUCGCCCUCGAAGGAAUAGAGACUAUCUAGAUGCAGUUUACAUUAAUCCCGGGGGAACAGCUUAUUGGUCCAUCAUCAAGGCCUAUGAUGCACUUCAAAAGCAAUUGAUUGAGGAUGAUCAAGAGGCCAAGGCCAAAGGGGCGAGUUCUUCUUUUGCUCCUAUUGCGGAUGAUGUGCUCAAUCAAUUGACAAGGAAAACUAGGAAGAAGAUGGAGAAGGAUUUAAAGAUGAAGAAGAAGAAGCAAAGAGCUGAUGACAAUGAUAGUGGAAAAGAACAGCAGAUAAAAAGAACUGCUGGCAAAAAGCAUCGUAUGAAUGGCAAUGAUAGUGAUAGCAAUGAAGAUAAGUUAAGCUCCUUUAUCAAGCAAGGAGGUAAAUCAGUGAAAACUAAAUUGCCUGAAAUUUCUGUUACCGGCGGUAGCUCUAAAAGCCAGAAUGCUACAACUGAUAAAUCAUUUUCUGAAAGUGAUCCCAAGCUCCUACACGGAAGGAAAAGUAGAAAACAUGGAAGGUGCACUCUAUUAGUUCGUAGUUCUAACAAGGGAUUGAAUUCCGAAUCUGAUGACUUUGUUCCAUAUACGGGAAAGCGAACAGUGCUUUCCUGGUUAGUUGACUCGGGGGUAGUACAGGUAAGUCAAAAGGUUCAGUAUCGCAGAAGGAAGCGAGUAAUGCUGGAGGGAUGGAUCACAAGAGAAGGCAUUCACUGUGGCUGCUGUAGUAAGAUCCUUACGGUUUCAAAGUUCGAGCUUCAUGCAGGAAGCAAAUUGCCACAACCAUAUCAAAACAUCUAUUUAGAUUCUGGAGUUUCUCUUCUACAAUGUCAGAUAGAUGCGUGGGAAAAACAAGAGAAUUCUGGGAAAAUCAGUUUCCAUUCAGUAGAUGUUGAUGGUAAUGAUCCAAAUGAUGAUACCUGUGGUAUAUGUGGAGAUGGAGGGGAUUUAAUCUGUUGUGAUGGUUGUCCAUCAACGUUUCAUCAGAGUUGCUUGGAUAUACAGAUGCUUCCCCCUGGGGAUUGGCAUUGUCCAAAUUGCACCUGUAAAUUUUGUGGACUAGCCAGUGGAACUAUUGAGAAAGAAGAUGAUGCAACUGUAUAUGCCCUACACACCUGUGAUUUGUGCGAGAAAAAAUAUCAUGACUGCUGUACUAAGGAUAUGAGUGCCCUGCUUGCCAACUCCAAUAUGUCAGGGCAUUCUUUUUGUGGAAAAAGUUGCAAAGAGCUUUUUGAGCACUUGAAGAAGUACCUUGGUACCAAGCAUGAACUUGAUGCAGGCUUUACAUGGUGUCUUGUUCGUAGAACAGACGAUGAAUCGGAGGCAGUUAGUAGGGGAGUCACCCAGAGGGUGGAAUGCAACUCCAAGCUGGCUGUUGCACUGACUGUGAUGGACGAAUGUUUUUUACCUGUUGUUGAUAGAAGGAGUGGGAUCAAUUUAAUCCAUAAUAGUUUAUAUAAUAGCGGGUCAAAUUUCAGUCGUUUGAAUUACACUGGCUUUUAUACUGCUAUUUUGGAGCGGGGGGAUGAAAUAAUAUCUGCAGCUUCUAUCAGGUUCCAUGGGACUAAGUUAGCAGAAAUGCCAUUCAUUGGAACUCGCCAUGUAUAUAGGCAUCAGGGAAUGUGCCGCCGGCUUUUUUCUGCCAUUGAACAUGCCCUUUGCUCUUUGAAGGUUAAGAAACUGGUCAUUCCUGCAAUUUCUGAACUUGUUCAUACAUGGACAACAGCGUUUGGCUUCACACAUCUUAAGGAAUCACUCAGGCAAGAAAUGAGGUCAUUGAAUAUGUUGGUGUUCCCUGGUAUUGAUAUGUUACAGAAGCUUCUAGUGGAGCAAGGAAAACUUGAUGAUGCUGAGCAAUUCGAGAAUGGCAGCGAGGUUUCUGUUAAACCCAUUGUGGUCAAUAGGUUAGGUAUUGAUUCUUUGGCUUUGCGAGAUCCCCAUGAAAAUGAGGAUGCUAGCUCCAAUCCUGCCAAUAAGAUUAACACUGAAUGCAGUGAUGCUUCUCAAGAUAUAAGCAGUCAAGGUUUGACUGGCAGGACUGUAUGCUCCAAAUCUCUUUCUGAAGAAAGAUUAUCUGAUUCUGUUUCAGAAAACUGUGCUUCUCCUUCUAAUUCUAGUCAUGGCGUAAUCAAAAAGAAAAAUAAAAUAUUGACGUCUUCUCCUAUCAAUGAUAUGUCACCCAAAUGUCUACUCAUUUCACCAAAUGGCAAAUCCACAAAUGGUCUUCCAUCGGAUCCCUCAGAUUGCCAUGAACUUCCAGCUUUGUGUCAAGCUACUGCGUGUUCUGACCUAGGUACUAUAAAAAAUCUGGUUGAACCUGUUUCUGACGGGAAACCCCAUGCUUUUAUGAAUUGUGGUUUGCCGGGGCUUGCCCGAAAUCCCGUGUUGGAUUCUCGAGUGGUAGAUAAUGCUUUGUCUUUUAAAGAGUUCGAUAUGAAUGAUGCCCAAGUUGAGGUUCUUGAAGCUGGCCUUUUAGUCAAUUCAUCUCAAGGGAACAAUAUCAAAGAGAAUAAUGAAAAUUUAAAUUACUCUGGUUCUGCUCUUAAUAAUGCUUUCACUGAUAUGGAUAGUGAUUCACUAGAACUUGACCAAAAAUCUGUGUUGGAUUCUCGAGUGGUGGAUAAUGCUGUGUCUAUUAAAGAGUUUGAUAUGAAUGAUGCCCCUGUCGAGGUUCUUGAAGGUGGUCCUUUAGUGAAUUCAUCUGAAGAGAACAAUGCCAAAGUGAAUAAUGAAAAUGUAGAUGACUCUGGUUCUGCUCUUAAUCAUGCUUUCACUGAUAUGAAAAGUGGUUCGCCAGGACUUGACCAAAAUCCAGUGGAUUCUCGUGUGCCGGACAAUGUUUUGUCUUAUAAAGAGGUUGAUAUGAAUGAUGCCCAUGUUGAGGUUCUUGAAGCUGGUUCUUUAGUGAAUUCAUCUCAAAGGAACAAUACUGAAGAGAACAAUAAAAAUGUAGAUGUCUCUGAUUCUGUUCUUAAUCACACUUUCACUGAUAUGAAAACCGAUUCUCCGGGGCUUGACCAAAAUCCCGUGCUGGAUUCUCGAGUGGCUGUUAAUGCUUUGUCUUUUAAAGAGUUUGAUAUGAAUGAUGCUCAUGCCAGGGUUCUUGAAGCUGGUCCUUUUUUGAAUCUAACUCAGGGAAACAAUGCUGGAGAUAAUGAAAAUGUAGAUGUCUCUGGCUCUGCUCUUAAUCACGCUUUCACUGAUAUGAAUCGUGAUUCUCCGGGGAUUGACCAAAAUCCUAUGUUGGAUUCUCAAGUGGCAGAUAAUGCUUUGUCUUUUAAAGAGUUUGAUAUGAAUGAUUCCCGUGUUGAGGUUCUUGAAGCUGGUCCUUUAGUGAAUUCAACCCAGGGGAACAAUACCGAAGAGAGUAAUGAUAAUGUAGAUGUAUCUGGCUCUAUUCUUAAUCAUGCCGGUGAGAGUUCCUUGCAGGUAAGAUCUGAUUUGAAUGUUGAAAUUGCAUGCGAGGUCAAAAAGAAAUCACAUUUGGACUCAAAAGUUGCUUCAAAUGAAAUGCACUUUGAUGAAACUGGCCUAAAUGCUUCUGGUAAUAGUACUGAGACUGAUCGAGCAUUGAAUGGUUGA